CUGCUGUCGGAGGUGCCGCUGAUAGACGGACACAACGACCUGCCUUGGAAUAUUCGGAAGUUCAUGCACAACAAACUUCACAGCUUCAACUUCACGGCGGAACUGGACCAGCUACGCCCUUGGUCGAGGUCCUCCUGGUCGCACACGGAUCUGCCGAGGCUCCGGGAGGGGAGGGUUGGGGCGCAGUUCUGGGUAUCGUACGUACCAUGUGAGGCGCAGAGAUUGAACGCGGUCCAGCUCACGAUUGAACAGAUAGACCUCAUUAAGCGCCUCAUUGAACAGUACCCGGAUGACCUUCGACUCGCCACCUCCGCGGACGAGGUGGAGGCCGCCUUCACGGAGGGUCACAUCGCCAGCAUGAUCGGGGUGGAAGGAGGUCACGCCAUCCAGAACUCGCUGGGUGUGCUCAGAGCGCUCAGGGACCUCGGCGUUCGCUACCUCACCCUGACGCACACUUGCUCUACGCCAUGGGCGGAGUGCGCCAGGGCUCGAGAGACGGACCUGGAGGACCCGAACUCGCCCCGAGGACUCACGCACUUCGGAAAGACGGUGGUGCGCGAGAUGAACCGCCUGGGGCUGAUGGUGGACCUGAGCCACGUCUCGCAGGCCACCAUGAAGGCUGCGCUCGACGUCUCCCGCGCGCCCGUCAUCUUCAGCCAUUCCUCCGUCUACGCCAUCUGCAAGAACCCACGAAACGUCCCCGACGACAUACUCAGGAAGGUG